AUGCCUGCGGCAAAGUGGUCUACUGCUGAGGAACUCGCAACUGAUGAAGACGCCUUCAUCAAGUUGAUGCACUGCCUUGCUGGCGUGUACUUCUGGGAGUUCUUCACAUCCUUGGACUUCGACUGGGCCUUCAUCUCUGGCAAGAAGAAGUUCCAAUGGCCUUUGAUCUUCUACAUGCUCGGUCGAUACUGCUUGUUCUUCGCCCUGAUUGGCAUCUUGAUCGCCCUUGACGCAAGAACGGAGGUCAACUGCCAGGCUCUGUACACCUUCGACCAGCUCGCGGGUGAUGCUGCAGUGGGCCUCGCCUCGAUCAACCUGUCGAUCCGGACGAUGGCGGUAUGGUCACAGAACCUCUGGAUUGUCAUUCCGCUCGUCCUCGUCAUUCUCGGGCAUUGGUCUCUCAUCCUCCAAGGUGUCCUGCUCACGGCCGAGUGGAUCCCCGGCCAAGGCUGCGCGAUCACGAAGACGAACAACACCACGCUCGCGGCGACGUUUAUCUACUCGAUGUGCUUCGACGCGCUCGUCAUGGUUCUGAGCGUCAUCAAGCUGUACGGGCGCAAGCAGCGCUCGCAGCUCGUCUCGAUCCUGUUCAAGGACGGCAUGAUCUACUUCCUCGUGGCGUUCAUUGCGAACGCGAUCGCGACGUCGUUCAUGGUGCUGAACCUGAACGCGAUCAUGGCGAUCAUCUUCAACGUGCCCGCAGCCAUCGCGUCUACCAUCGUCGCCUGCCGCGCUGUCCGCCGCCUCUCCAACUUUUCCAACAACGGCCCGGAGAUCUACACUGCGAGCAGCCACUCCGGCGUCGUCGGCUUCCGGAGUAUGACCAACCAAGUGCAGAGCUCUCACGGCGUCGCGACCAGGCCAAGGUCGGGGCACACGAAGGACAUCAGCGCGGGGGUGCACGUCCAGAUGCAGACGUUCACGGUAGAGGAGGCGCCGGAUAACCUGCGCCCGAAGGCUCUUGACCUCGAGAGUGCGGGCUCGGAGACGGACGUGGGCAGCCCCGUCGACUACGCAGACUACAAGUCGGAGGCGCUCUGA